UCUGCAAGAAGAAUAAAAGCUGUGCAGCCUUCAGGUUUGCCUCAGUAGAGUUUCACUGCUCGCCGUCUUCACAGCGGAUACUUUUUUUUUUAUUCCGGUUUGUGUCGGUAUCUGCGCUCGGAGACUGCAGGAUGGAGAAACUGAACAUGUUGACGCUAACCUUGAGCCUGGUUGUAGUUUUAGUUUUAACUCAGGCAGACUGCAGCAGAAACUCCACAUUUAGAAAAGUGAAACAGACACAGAUUUUGGGCAUUGACUGGAAGAACUGCGGGAAGCCAGAUGCUCCAGCUGUGCUCAAGAGUCUGGAAGUGUCUCCAGACCCGAUCUCCAUCCCAGGCGACCUGACGGCCUCCGCCUCUGGAUCCACAUCUGUAGGGCUGGACUCUCCCCUGUCUCUGACCGUGACUCUGGAGAAGGAGGUGGCGGGUUUCUGGGUGAAGAUCCCGUGUUUGGAUGAGUUGGGCAGCUGUCACUAUCAGGACGCCUGUGAUCUCCUGAACCAGUUCAUCCCUCCCGGUCAGGACUGUCCCGAACCGCUGCACACCUACGGACUGCCCUGCCACUGCCCCUUCAAAGCUGGCUCGUACUCUCUGCCUAAGUCGGACUUCUUCCUGCCCAACAUGGAUCUGCCUUCCUGGCUGACGAACGGGCACUACCGCGUGCAGGGCGUGCUGGGCAGCCAGGGCAACGAGCUGGGCUGCCUCAAAAUCGCUCUCUCCCUUCACUCGGACUAAAACCAGCCACGGAGAAGACGCGGGACGUUUCAGGUCUUUUGUUUGUUUGCACGUAAUCACGAUUUAAAAUUGGGAAAUGAAAGCAUUAGUUGCACAGAGUACUGAGAUUUAUAAACCUCAUAGAGGUUCAUGAAAGGUUGGAAGAAAAAAAAAAAAAAAACAUUUGACAUGUUCACCUUAACUUGAAGGUGAUGUUAAUGUGGUGUAAUUUCCGCAAUCUCGCCUCUUAAAACAUUUCUGAUUGCACCAUAUAACUUGUUUAAUUGUUAAAAAACAGAACUGAGAACAAAAUGACAAUAAGAAAAGCUUAGAGAGGCAUUAGACAAAUACAAACCAAACUUUUGCCAGGUAAAAAACUUUUACUUCUGAUUUUUUUUCCAUUAGUACAACUAGUAAAGAGUAAAAAAAAAGUUCAAAUGUAAAGAGGUUUUUAUGAUAUUUUAUUCAAUGUAAGCACUGAUACAGCUCUACAGAACCAAAGGAACAAAGACUGAUUCCCUGACAAUAUGAAAAUCAUAUGUAAAUCUUUUUUUUACAUUGAAAGUGAGUCCUUUCACUGUGUCUGUGAAUUUCUGUUGGAGAACGCAAAACAGUCAAAACACGCAGCUCACAAUACUAUACAGAUGUUGAUCCUGUGUUCACGAUAUGAUUCUAUCAGAAUAUUUUACAAUUUUCUAAUUUUUAUAAAUAAAUGAGAUUCAAGAAUAAAUCAUAUUUUAAUUUAAUUCUCUGACAAUAAAUAUCAAAAAUAUCCCUUUUGCUAAUUUUUCAUUACAAAUAAUAGUAAGAUCAGUUACACCUCUUUGAAACUUUUGUUUACAUAAAAGAAGGAUUUUUGAAACAAUCCUGAAUCAAAUCAUCCUGAAUCAAAGUGAACGUCUGCAGUUUGUGUUUGUGGCAUUGAAGUACAGAAAGCUCUGAAUGUUAUCAUCUUUUUGGUGCCUCUUACAAGUGAGUAUAAGUAAGCAGAUAGCUCCCUCUACUGGUUAAAGAGAAUUGCAAUAAAUGUCAAACCAAUUUAAAUUGUCCAUUUUUGUAUAGAUCCACUCAUGCCAAAAAAGACUGUACUGACAUGAUGCCGUGACACAAACUCCACCAUGUGCCUCACUCUGUCCUGCUGAUUCCUCCAGAUCACUAAACACAAAAAACAUUUCUACACAGCAUAACUUUCCCUCUGAUCCCUCUCUAAAAACAACAGUGUUAUAAAUCUCAGUAUUUCAGAUUUUCUUUGAAACCCUUAUAAAGCUCUAUAUGUCAAAUAAAGGUACAAUUCAGAUCUGAUGUCAGAUGUGUCAAAAACAUAAAGAAGAAGUGUGACUACUUUACCUAAAGGGGAAACAAACAUCUGAUUUUUUAAAUACUCUUUAAAUAAUGCCUUUUAUACAUUCUAUGGGUUUUAUUUCUCACCUGUCUGCUGGAUUGUUUUCAUUGACUGAUUGUUUUUUUUUUUUUUUUAAUGGGGACUUUUUUGUAAAAGGGGUUGAAGCCAAUAAGCUGAAGCUCUGCAGGGAAUGAACACUUAUCUUUUUUUAGUGUAGCAGAUGAGAUAUUAGAUUUUAUUGGAAUCAGUUUAACUAUGUGCCUGUUGAGAUCAUCAGGAGGAACACACUGUAAUGUAAUAAACAAAGAUAAUAUUAAACUCACAGAUGUGUUUUAUUAGUGAAGAAUGAUUUGAAACAGCUCAUGUUGGUUUUCUGCAGUGUCGAUGAUAAUGAUGACAGAUGAUGUGAUCAAUGUCAUUCUGCUGACUCUUUCCACUCAGUGUACAGUUUGUAAUAAAUAUGAUCCCACAAUGA